AUAGAUCAGUUGUAUAUGUGAUUUUUAUAACGUUCUAAGAGCAAUAGAGUCAUACGAAUAACCGAUAAUGGCAUCGCCACUGGAACAAUUUGUGAACAAUGUAAGGGCCAUGUCUGGAUCUGGGAACUUUCGGGAGCUGUGCGACAUAAUUGGAAAGUCAGACGAAGUUCUUCAGAGGAACAGUGCCCAUCUUACUACUGUUUUGGAGACGCUAGAUAUUCAGCAACAUUCGCUCGGUGUUUUGGCUGUCCUUGUUGCCAAGUUUUCAUUACCGCAGGGAAAUAAUGAUGUUGAUAGAACUGUAAUAUUUCAACAAAUCCAUGACUUUAUCAAUAACUGCAACGGGGAGCAAGUCCGAUUUGCACCUGAUCUGUACGCUGACCUGUGCCACUUACUAACAGACCAUCUUGUUGACCUCAAGCAGCCAAUUAGAGGCAUAGAAAUCUUAAAGAAGGCCAUAAGGAAAAUACAGCUGUUUGACUCGCAGCUGACUUCCAUACACGCCGACUUAUGCCAGCUAUGUCUGCUGUCCAAGUGCAUGAAGCCGGCUAUUGAGUUCCUAGAUACGGAUGUUACUGGAAUUAGUUCUGAGCUGGGCGGCAACAAUGACUCGAAACAUUUCCUGCUAUACUAUUACUAUGGAGGAAUGAUUUACUUGGCAAUGAAGAACUAUGAGCGAGCUCUCUACUUUUUUGAAGUGGUAGUGACUGUACCUGCAAUGGUUGUCUCCCACAUUAUGCUUGAAGCCUACAAGAAGUAUAUUUUAGUUUCACUUAUCUUACAUGGAAAGAUUCUACCCAUGCCGAAAUACACAUCGCAAGUGGUAGGAAGGUUUCUGAAGCCCCUGUCGGUAGCCUACCACGAGCUGGCAACGUCGCAGCACGCGGCCAUUAAACACCGCGAGACCUUCGUCAGGGACAAGAACAUGGGAAUAGUUAAUCAAGUUUUAAACUCAAUGUACAAGAAGAACAUUCAAAGGCUAACAAAAACUUUCCUGACGCUUUCCCUAAGCGACGUGGCGGCCCGCGUGCAGCUCGCCGGCCCGGCGCAGGCCGAGACAUACAUUCUUAAUAUGAUCGAAGAAGGCGAAAUAUACGCCAUGAUAAACCAGAAGGACGGUAUGGUGGUGUUCCUGGACAGCCCGGAGAAGUACGCCUCGCCGGAGACGCUGUGCGUGCUGGAGCAGCAGAUGGCCGCCUGCACCAAGCUGCACCAGUAUAUACAGGAGAUGGAUGAGCAGAUUCAAGUCAAUCCUCAGUAUGUGAAAAAGUCAGUUGGAAGCCAUGAUGAAGAAAUGCCCGGAACAAACACAAAAACAACUUAUUCUAUGUAAUUAUAGUAUUUUGGACUGUACAUAA